UCAAACUCUUCGUAACGCCUUCUCUCCUCUCAUAUCCUUAAUAAUAAUAAAAAAAAAUUUAAAAAAAAUUAAAAAAAACAUCCGUCUCCAAAACCCUAAUCCUUCUACUCGCUCCCUUCCCUUUCAACCCCAGCGGCAUUAAUGGCGCGUACGAAGCAAACCGCUCGCAAGUCCACGGGAGGCAAGGCUCCUCGGAAGCAGCUCGCCACUAAGGCGGCGCGGAAGUCGGCGCCGACGACGGGAGGGGUGAAGAAGCCGCACAGGUUCCGGCCGGGGACGGUGGCGCUGCGGGAGAUCCGCAAGUACCAGAAGAGCACGGAGCUGCUGAUCCGGAAGCUGCCGUUCCAGCGGCUGGUGCGGGAGAUCGCGCAGGACUUCAAGACGGACCUGCGGUUCCAGAGCCACGCCGUGCUCGCCCUCCAGGAGGCGGCCGAGGCCUACCUCGUCGGCCUCUUCGAGGACACCAACCUCUGCGCCAUCCACGCCAAGCGCGUCACCAUCAUGCCCCGCGACAUCCAGCUCGCCCGCCGCAUCCGCGGUGAGCGCGCUUAGACUCCAAUUCCCCCCUCCCCCCUCCUCUUCUUUCUUUCUCUUUCUCUUUCUUUCCAUCUCCAUCUCUCUCUCUCUCUCUCCAUCUGCUCUCACCGCCACUUUUCUAUUACUAGCUAAUUCCUCCUG